UGCUGGCGCCGUCCCUCUGCUGCUCCCCUUCCCCGUGGGCGAUGGACGUGUCGAGGGACUUCUUCGGUAAGCUGCGCGCCCUAGCCCUCACGCUGGAGAAGGAGGCGAAGCAGCUCGAGCAGGCCCUACGCAGAGAGGACACGGACUAUGAAGAUGAAUCUCCAAUAAGAGUCUUACAUGACCUCCAUUGUGAAAUCAGGACUCUGAAGGAAGAUGUUAAUGCCAGUCUUGGUAAGAGUUGCUCUGAAAAACAAGCAAUUCAGGAGUUUAUGAAGGCAAGUGAAGUAUUGAUGCAAAGAAAUGCAGCAGAUCUUGGAAAAAUAAGAGAGCUGUUCCAGAAAUAUGGCUACAAACCACAUGUCAAAGACUCUACAGAAAAGGAAGAAGUAGUUAACAGUGAUUCAACGGUGUCUGUCCAGAAUAAGUCUGAUGAAGAAAAAGCAGAUGAUGUACCUCAUCUUCCUGCUUGUACUGAGAAGCCACCGGUGCCCAAAGACCCACUGCGUAACCCCCAGCUUUCUGAUUUUGGUCUUUCACAGUAUGCUUUCUCCAGGCCUUGGAGUGGAGCGAAAGGGCAACACACAACAAAUGCAUAUCAAGAAAAUUCAAAGAACAGGACUCCACUAAAAACACAGACCCCCUGUAUUUUGCCCAAAACACCAAAAUGUAUGCUAAAGAUGGACGAUUAUGAGUGUGUAACACCAAAGCUUGAACACUUUGGCAUUAGUGAACAUACCAUGUGUAUGAAUGAAGAUUAUACAAUGUCACUUAUUCGUAAAACUGCUCAGACAAGCAAGAAAUUGGUUAAAAAAGAUGAUCAUGAAGUGAAUGUACCAAAAAUGACAUCCAGGGAAAUCAUGGUUACUCCUGGGCCAAAACCAAAAAUGAUAGCUGAGAAUGCAGCUGACUGGAUGGCUUCUCCUAUGAUACUUGUGUUCUGUACUCCUGAUGUGAAAAUCCCUUCCAGAACAAAUAGUACAGUAUUAUCAAGGUCACCAGAGACAAAUGAACUGCCUCUUCCCAGUCAUACAAGAACACCACAGUUUCCAGAUUUUGAAACAAGAUGGCUAAAAACAGAAGCUAAGCAGGUAAAGCAAGGAGGAAAGAUUGAGUCGGUGACAAAGAAUGAUGGAACAGAAAAACAAUACAUAGAAGAUAGCAUUCCUUUUGCUGUGAGCUCUGAUGAGUAUCUUAAACAUUUUGGAGACCCUUCUCCUCCCAAAAUAAAACACUAUGACCAGUUACUCAAUACUCCUCCACCUCCAGAAAUAACAAGGAUACCAGAUGAUGUUCUACAGAUUCUGUCCAAGUAUAAUCAUAAAGUAGACGCUUCUAAAGCCAAGGAAAUGGAGACCAAGGCAGGAAAUACUACAAGAUGUGAAAGUGAUUUCACUGAUUACUGCAACAAAGAGAACAGAGGAUAUACUGGAUUUUUCAAGACAAACAUCUGAAAUCAUGCUGAAGACCAUGUUGAGACUGUUUCACAUUCAUGGAUCUUAUCACUGAACCGUAACAAGCUCAAAAAGCAAAAGAAAAUACUGGUAGGAGGAAAGAGCCACACAAAGGAAAGGCUUUUUUUAAUGGAGAAAAAAAUAUUUAUCCAUGAUGUGGAUAAACUUGUUUGAACUAACAACUUGUGCUUAAUUUUUUAAUUGAAAUUAUUGGCGAGAUAUAUUGAGGGUUUUUAAAUAUAUAUAUGGUUCGAAGGAGACUGGGGUCAUGUAUGAGGUAGUACUUCAGUUGUUUCACCUGAUUCUCAUGUUUGUUGUGUAUGCUUGCGUUUGCGGUAGGCUGUAGAGAAGUGUAGUUAGGUUGCAAUAAAGGGGAAGUCCAGUGUAGUGCCCCAGACAGUGGCUACCUCUGGCUGUUCUGGUGACACUGUACAUCUUUUCAGGGCUGAGUUUGAAGUGUAGUACUUUAACACUAUUUGGUAUCUUCAACAGAAACAAGUCUUUUUUUUUUUUUUUUUCUCUUUUAUUGGAAGAGUAACUCCUGCUUUACUGUUUAAAGCACUUCUAUGCUAUUAGUCACUUCUGCAAUACUAAGAUAUAUCAGGCAUACUCCUGCAUCAGGCUCUCUGUUACCUAUCUGACAGGCAUUUCUUACGCUGCUGCUUCUUUCUUAUAGUUUUCUUACAUCAACAUUAUAUUAGGAGCUAUACAUCUUGUUUUCCUUUUGACAGUCUAACCUCUGUAGCCCUAAAAGGUGACUUUGGCUCAAAUAUGAAUUAUUUGAAAAUAUAUUGUGCAAUUGGUACUGGUUAAAUAUAUCUUCAACUGCUGGAAAGAUUUGCUGGCACGCAUGUAGGUGAUUGCUUACUCUCCUGCACUGCUGCCAUGUGCAUUCUAUAAGUGGUGGUGUCACUUCUAAACAUGCGCAUCUAUCCCUGUAAUAGCUGACCAAGGUUAAGUUCUCAGAACUGUUUGGCACUUUUUUUUGUAUCUGGUAGUCAGAGUAAUUAGGAUUUUUUUCUACCAGAGAUUUUACUUUUGUCCACAAGAAAUCACAGCUACAUAUCCUUGUUUGGAGCCAGUUUGCUGUUUCCAGUGUCAGCUAUUCCUCUGAGUCACUCCAGGACUGCUCUUACCAGCUGUAUGUGGUCUUUCUAUUGAUGGCUAAAAUUCUGUCAUUUAUAUGAGGGCAGGCAUGCAACACAUGAGAAGGGAGAGACUGUCCCAGGAGACGGGGAGAAGUGUAUGCUUUUCUGAACUUUCUGAACACAGGUUCACAUUUUUUUGAAGUCCUCAGGAUAUGCAAACAUCUAGAGAUGCCUGGAAGUAUUUCUCCAGUUGCUUGGACGGCCUUGUCCUGGUUAAAACCUAGCAAGUCAAGGUGCCUUUUUCCUGCUAUUCCAGUCAUUCUCCAAGAUAAGUGUACAUCAAAUUAACUGGAGAAGCUGAUUUUCUACUAGUUCUGGCCUGAGCACGCUGUCAUUUUUCUGUGCUAGCUUCUGUUUAAAAAUAUGUAUGUAUUAUUAUGUGUCAGUCUUUGAGCCUGAUCGACACUUUGAAUACUAAAUAAAUCUGUCUCAGAUGCUUGGUGGCUGCUUGAAAAACUAAUCAUUUGCUGCUAUGAAAACACCUAGUUUCUACCCUAGUUUUCUACCCACUCCUUCAGAGAGUGAAGGCCAGACCUGCUUCCAGCAUCUUCACAGAUGAAAACCGUUUAAUGGGCUGGAUGCUAGUCAUGGAAUUUCACGCUCUUAAAAAGGUACAAAGUAUUCUGCUCCGGAGCAAGAAUCUUUCAGCCAGACAGAUUUACCAGCACUAAGCAGGAGGGGUUUCACAGGCUGCAUUCUCCCUCCACAGCACUUCAUGACUACUUUCUUGCCCUGAAGCAAGUCAGAUAUCCUGAAAGACUCCAUUUAACAUGAAAUGGAAUAAGCAGCACUACUGUCCUGGAUCUUGCUGUAUUUCCCCCCCACUUUCAACAAAUGAAACUCCCAGAAGGGCUUAUAAAUGUCUUUUCCCUAAGCUUGAGAACAACUCUGCACUCCACUGUCCUUUCCUCCAUUAGGGAACUGUACAGUUGUACCUAGCAGUGCUGGGGUUCUCACCGUGAGCCACUUGCAUCCUUUUUCUUGCCUAUUAAACAAUGUUUUCUGCUACAUUUCAUAGCUGUUUCAUUAACUAAUAUGAAAGGGAUUCAAUUAAUAUUUUGAGAUACAAAUUAUCUUCAGGAUGACAACUGAAAUCUUAAAAUCUUCUGGUCUACUCAAGCUAUUAUGACAUGAUGCUGGUAUGAGACUUUUUGGAAUCUAGAAAUGAAAUUUCACUAGUUAGUUUUGUUUUUCUUGCCUACAAUAUUACCCUAAUAA